AUGGCAAUGUUAAAAUUAUCUCAUGUUUAUUCAUUUGAUACAAUGGUGAAUAUUUUACAAGCUAUGCCUAAUUUAACAAAUUUGAAAGUGGAUACAUUCUUUACUGACUGUGAUGGAUAUCGAUGGGCAGAAAUGAGAGACAAUUACUUACCUAAAUUGAAAAUAUUUCGUCUUCAAAUCCAUAUGAAACUUCUUGAUAAAAGUCACAAUGCACGAUAUGUUUAUGAAUUGGUUGAUUCAUUUCGAAAUCGAUUUUGGCUUGAAAAGACAUCAAUGUUAACUUCGAUUACUGUUUUAAAAACUGAUAAUGAUGCUGAAGAUCAUCUACAAUCAUUACUUGAUCGAGCACCUAAUUGA